AUGCCGAAACUCCAGCAUUUAGUUGUAGAUACUACGGCGUUUGUGAAAAAUGUCCAGCUUCAGAAUAUUGCAGAAAACUGCUACACAGUCCCAGGUGUCCUCGGCGAGAUUCGAAACAACAGACAGAUAAAGGCACUCGCUGUGCUGCCAUAUGAACUAAAGGUGCGCAAACCGGACAAUGACGUGCUGGCAAAAGUCAUGGCGAUGGCGAAGAAAACUGGCGACUUUGCUUCCCUAUCGCUGGUCGAUUUGCAGGUGAUUGCGCUCACGUACGAGCUCGAGUUAGAACAUGUCGGUAUGGACCAUUUGCGCGACAAACCGCGCCCGGCCUUGCUGAUGUCGUCGGCCAAGAAACCGGUCACUCUGAAAACAACAGUGCUGAUGAAAGGCUUGUACGUACCGAAGAGCUGCAAUGGGCAGAAUCCGACGGGCCACGGACCGGAAAGAGCAGACGAAUCGACGAAGGGUAAUCCCUGCAAGAAAGAAUUCUCAACAGACGACAGUCAUGCAGUUUCUCCUGAACCACCGAAGAAGGCGUCAGAAUCGGAAAAGUCUGGGAUUUCCGAUAAAGUGGACGAAGAGAGCGACGACGAGGGAGACUGGAUAACACCGACUAACAUCGUACAAAUGAAGCUGAACAUUGGAAAGGACCUACUCGAGAAGGUAACUGCACCCGUGGCCUGCAUCACCACCGAUUACGCGUUGCAGAACGUGCUGAAGCAGAUCGGGUUGCAGAUUGCAUCCCUCGACGGGCGCAUUAUCAAACAGACGCGUACGUACAUCCUGCGCUGUUAUGCCUGCUUCAUGAUCACGCCCAACGCGACGAAGAAGUUCUGCCCAAAAUGCGGCUACCAGACACUGAAGAAGGUUUCCGUCAAUCUGAACGAGAAUGGCCAGCAGAUCAUCCACAUUAACAACCAACGACCGUUGACAGCGAAGCACAAGAACCAACCAGUGGCGAAGUUUAAUGGUGGCAAGUACGCCACCAACCCACUGCUGUUCGAGGAUCAACCGGUGCCGCAGCAGCGCAUUCCACUGAAGACAAGGGCCAAGACUAAUGCCCUUGGAGAAGACUACAUCGCUGGGUACUCACCGUUUGUUAUGCGGGAUAUCGAUUCACGGUCGACGGUGUUGCGUGGUUCGGUCAAUAUCAAGCAGCGGAUGAUCAACCUUGAGUACGAUAACAAACGGCGAGGGUACUUUAAGUAA